AAAACCGCCAGAGGGGCUGACACCUGGUCCGGUCCGGGGAGCGGAGACUCUUUUUGCCUAGUUUCAAGGCCGACUGGGCCGGGAAGCAGCUCCUGAAUACCGCCCCCGGCUGUGCCUGGUGCCGUUUCGGCCCAGUUUUCCCAACCUCGGCCCUUUCUCAUCUUCUGCACUCCCGCCACCCUGGCUGCCUUUCCCUUCUUUCAGGACAGGCUUGUUGCCCUGUCUGGCGUUGUGUGUCUGCGGUUGUUUCUGCCUGGCAUGCUUACCUCUUCGUAUGGCUUGCGCCUUCUUAGUUGUCAGUUAAUAGUAUCCCUCUGAGACAGGGUCUCGCUCUUUUGCCCAGGCUGGAGUGCAGUGGCGCGAUCGUAACACUGCAGGCCGGAUGCGGUGGCUCACGCCUGUAAUCCCAGCACUUUGGGAGGCCGAGGCGGGCGAAUCACCUGAGGUCGGGAGUUCCAGACCAGCCUGGCCAAUAUGUCUCCUUAACCAAAACUGCCAAGAAAGGCUUGGAAUUGAAACAAAACCUGAUAGAAGAGCUUCGGAAAUGCGUGGACACCUACAAGUACCUUUUCAUCUUCUCUGUGGCCAACAUGAGGAACAGCAAGCUGAAGGACAUCCGGAACGCCUGGAAGCACAGCCGGAUGUUCUUUGGCAAAAACAAGGUGAUGAUGGUGGCCUUGGGUCGGAGCCCAUCUGAUGAAUACAAAGACAACCUGCACCAGGUCAGCAAAAGGUUGAGGGGUGAAGUGGGUCUCCUGUUCACCAACCGCACAAAGGAGGAGGUGAAUGAGUGGUUCACGAAAUACACAGAAAUGGACUACGCCCGAGCUGGUAACACAGCAGCUUUCCCUGUGAGCCUGGAUCCAGGGUCCCUGGAGCAGUUCCCCCACUCCAUGGAGCCACAGCUCAGGCAGCUGGGCCUGCCCACCGCCCUCAAGAGAGGUGUGGUGACUCUGCUGUCUGACUACGAGGUAUGCAAGGAGGGCGAUGUGCUGACCCCAGAGCAGGCUCGCAUCCUGAAGCUUUUUGGGUAUGAGAUGGCUGAAUUCAAGGUGACUGUCAAAUACAUGUGGGAUUCACAGUCGGGAAGUUUCCAGCAGAUGGGAGACGACUUGCCAGAGAGCGCAUCCGAGUCCGCAGAAGAGUCCGACUCAGAAGACGAUGACUGAAAGGGACUCAGGACUGAAGGUCUCCUGGAAUCUUCUGGGUCUCACUGGACCAUCAGGACUGCUGCCACCCCUCUGGGGAGAGCAGCUUUUUAUUUGUCUGUAGACAGGGAAUGUGAUGGGCACUGACCUCCUGUAAAGAAUAAAACUCUGGGCCGGGCACGGUGGCUCACGCCUGGAAUCCCAGCACUUUGGGAGGCCGAGGCGGGCAGAUCAUAAGGUCAGGAGAUUAAGACCAUCCUGGCUAACACCGGGGAACAGAUGAGGCUUCCCCCACUGAGUUCUGCCCAAAGAGUGGGUUUGCUACCACCCAGCUAAUUUUUGUAUAUUUUGUCAAGAUGGGAUUUCACCACGUUCCCCAGGCUGCUCUUGAACUCCUGGAUUCAAGCAAUCCCCUUGCCUAGGCCUCUCAAAGUUCUGGGAUUUCAGGCAUUAGACACCGCGCCCAGCCUGUUUUGUUUUUUAAAAACAACUGUAUUGAGACAUGAUUCAGACACUAUAUAGUUGACCUACUUAAAGUGAUGAUUUAAUGCUGUUUCAUGUAUUCAGAGUUGUACAACCAUCACAAUCAAUUUCAGAGCAUCUUCAUAAGCACCCCCAACAGAAACCCUGUCCUCAUUAGCAGUGAAUCUCCAUUUCCUUGCAAACCUCCUCCCAGUCCUAGGCAAGCAGUCAUCUACUUUCUAUCUCUCAAAUAGAUUUGCCUAUUUUGUACAUUUCAUAUAAACAAAAUCAUACAAUAUGAAACCUUUUGUAAGUGGCUUAACAUGUCUUCAAGGUGCACUUACAUUGUAGAUGUUUAAGUACUUCUGUUUGUUUGUUUGUUUGGAAACAGGGUUUGUUCUGUCGCCCAGGCUGGAGUGCAGUGGCACAGUCAUAGCUCACUCCAGACUUGAAUACCUAAGCUCAAGCAAUCAGCCCGCCUCAGCUUCCCAAGCAGCUGGGACUACAGGUGUGUGCCCCGGGGCCCCAGUAAUUUUCUUUUUAUGUUUAGUGGAGACAGGGUCUCGCUUUGUUUCCCAGACUGGUCUGGAACUCCUGUCUUCAAUCAAUCCUCCUGCCUUGGCCUCUCAAAGUGCUGAGAUUACAGGUGUGAGCCACUCUUUUUUUUUUUUAAUGGCUGAAUAAUAGUCUGUUGUAUGCAUAUACCACAUCUUGUUUACCCAUUCAUUCAUUCAUUCAUGGACAUUUGGGUUGUUUUUACUUAUUGGCUAUUGUGAGUAAUGAUAAUGUGAAAACUCAAGCCCAAGUUUUUUUGUGGGGAAAUAUGUUUUCAUUUCUCUCGGCUAUAUGCCCACAAGUGGAACUGCUGAAUCCUAUGGUAAUUUUAUGUUUAAUCCUUUGAGAAACUGCCAAACUAUUUUCCCAAGUGGUUGUACCAUUUUACAUCCCCACCAUCAGUGUGUGAAUUUCCUCCCCUGUCUGUUGCUCCCUCUCUCACCAUGUGACACGCUGGCUCCGUUUCCCCUUCUGCCAUGAUUGUCAGCUUCCUGAGGCCCUCACCAAGAGCAGAUGCCGGCACCACACCCCCUUGUACAGACUGCAGAACCAUGAGCCAAAGAAACCUCUUUCUUUAUAAAUGACCCAGUCUCAGGUAUUCUUUUAUAGCAACGCAAACAGACUAACACACAGCACCCUGGGAGGUUUUGUUCUUCAUUUGGUGGUGACUCUACUGUUAGGUUUUUGUCCAAAUACUUCCAUCCCUAAGAAUUUACUGAGGCAGUUCUAAAUUAGACAAAGCAGGAGAGAGCAAAAGAGGUGACAGAAAAGCCUUGGGCAGCCUGAGCCACGAUGAGCCUAGCGGAAGUAGUUGGGACAUUCGUGGGCAAACAAAUGCCAGGCUUGAUUAAAGGCAUCCACGACGGCCGGCUCCAGGGGCCCUUCCUCUGCCGCUGCCAAGUUCUGCUCCAGCUGCUCCAGGCUGGACAUGCCCAGGAUGACCGCGUCCCCAUGGGCACCCUGCAAGGGAGACGGCCAGACUUCAACCCUCUUCUGCUGCACAGCGACUCCACUUACAGCCCUCCCACUCAUGCCCCUGCCGAGAUUUGGGCUCUUUUAUAUCCCGUAUGUCCAGAAAGAACUUAAGGUGCCUUGGAUAGCUGUACCCAUGUGACUCGAAACCUGUUUUCUUUCCCCUACUACCACUCGAUCCUUCCAGACAGACCUACAUUCACAGCCCAGUUCUGCCCCCCAGCAGCUGUGUAAACGUGGCUAAGUUAUUAAACCUCUCUGAAACUGAA